CGGGGCGGGCAGCAGGGGCCGGUCCCGGCGCCGGUGGCGGCGCCUGCGCGGGGCGGUUCGGGGCUCGGCGAAGUUGCGCGGGGAAGUUUCGGGGCGGCGGGGCCCCUGCGGGUGUCCCUGUCGCCCAUCCCUGCCCCGCGACCAUGGCCUUCCGCCGGCGGGCCAAGAGCCACCCGCUCUUCAGCCAGGAGUUCCUCAUCCACAACCACGCCGACAUCGGCUUCUGCCUGGUGCUCAGCGUCCUCAUCGCCCUCAUGUUCGAGGUUACAGCCAAGACUGCCUUCCUGUUCAUCUUACCUCAGUAUAAUGUCAGCGUGCCUACAGCAGAGGGGGAACUGGUCCAGUAUCACUAUGGGCUGAAGGAUCUGGUCACCAUCCUCUUCUACAUCUUCAUUGCCAUCAUCCUGCAUGCAGUGGUGCAGGAAUAUGCCCUGGACAAAAUCAACAGGCGUCUCCAUCUCUCCAAAGUCAAACACAGCAAGUUCAAUGAAUCAGGACAGCUGGUUGCCUUCCACCUCACCUCUGCAAUUUGGUGCUUGUACGUCGUGGUGACGGAAGGAUACAUAUCAAACCCUCGGAGUUUGUGGGAAAACUACCCUCAUGUUUAUCUUCCGUUCCAGGUGAAGUUUUUCUACCUGUGUCAGCUGGCAUACUGGCUGCACGCCCUGCCGGAGCUCUACUUCCAAAAGGUUCGCAAGGAGGAGAUUCCCCGCCAGCUGCGGUGCAUCGCGCUUUACCUGGCACACAUCGCUGGCGCGUACCUCCUCAACUUAACCCGGUUGGGGCUGAUCCUCUUGCUGUUGCAGUACUUAGCCGAAUUCUUCUUCCACAUGGCCCGUCUGGUGUACUUCACAGAUGAGAACAACGAGAAGCUGUUUAAUGUCUGGGCUGUCGUGUUCGUGGUCACUAGGCUCUUUACCCUCACCCUGUACAUCCUGGUCAUUGGCUUCGGGUUGCCGCAGGUGGAGAACCAGGCCCUUGACCCCAGGAGAGGGAACUUCUUCAGCUUUCUCUUCAACAAUAUCCUCUUCAGAAUGAGUGUGCUGCUGUUGGUGUGCCUCUUCCAGGCCUCAGUGAUGUGGCGCUUCAUCCACUUCCAGCUGCGGCGCUGGCGGGAGUACUGGAAUGAGCAGAGCAGCCGAAAGCGAGCCACUGCCGGCGCCAAGCAGCAAGCCAAGCCGCUCAAGAGAGACUCGGGUUACCAUGAAAACGGAGUGGUAAAAGCGGAGAACGGCACCUCACCAAGAACCAAGAAGCUGAAAUCGCCAUAGAAGCAAAGGUUUGUCCUUUGGGGAGGAGAACGAGAUACCAGGACUAAGAAGCAGCCCCUCCUCCUGGUCCUCACGAGCGUCAUCUUGAACAGCUUGGAAACUGGUCAUCUACUCCAGGUGUCUCUCGCUCUCCUCUCUUCCUUUCUUUCUCUCUUGAACCAUUUGCAAUAAAACCAAAAAGGUCCUUUUCCCCUGCUCCCUUGCCCUCAUAGGAGCCUUUUCUAGCCCUCCUAGUUUUGCCUUCCUCUGUUUUAUCGUAAAGCAGCGUGCAAUUUUUUUCUUCUCUAUUUUAGUGUUUGGUUAUUUUGGAUUAUUGUUACAAAUGCCUCUUGGAUGGUUCCAAACAAUCCUUUUUUCUUCUACAGCAUGUUCCUCCCCUCUCUCCGUGGCGCUUCCCUGAGCCCUGGGGGUCAGGGCUGUGGCAGCUUGAAGGCACCAUGUGUCUGUUAUGGGAACAGGCUCCUGGGGAAUGCGCUGGAGCUCUGUGACCCUGAGGCUCAAGGCUGCUCUUAGGCGAGGGUUGCCUCUCCUUGGGCACAUCUGGCCAGGGUCUGGGAAAGGAAUCUCAACUGUGUCUUGUCUCGUUGUGGACUUCUGGUUGAGCGAUGUUCCUCUGGCCCCUGGUCUUGAGCUAAUUUGGGAGAGCAAGGUGGCGGAGGAGGGAGAGAAGUUUCCUUUUCCCAGAGGACCCACCUUCUAGCCUCUGCUUGCCCCAGCUCUCCUGGUACAGCUUGGUCACUCUUACCCUCUUGGCUGCAGGAGGAGAGCUGCCCUGCAGUUGUUCUGGACCUCUCAGCUCCAAGAGCUGAGCUUGGGGCCCUGCAGCUCGCAGUGCCUUGUUAUAGGGCAGUGGCAUCCUCAGGUCUGCUUGAAACCUUGAGUCCCGCUCUGCUCUGAGUGCUGGCCUGGCUUCCAUCAGCCCAGGCCCUUUGCCAGCUCAUGUGUGUGCCUUGUGGACCUGGUGUUCUUUUGGGUCAUGACCACGUCCAGAUGAGCAGACUGGCUGCUGCAAAGGGUUUUGUGUCAGUGGGACAGUGCCCCGCAUGCUGUUGCCUUAGCAUUCCUCAUCUCUACCGUACCAGUCCAGCUGUGCCAUCGGCAUCCACCAGCUUCAUUCUUUGUUUCCAAAGGAUACAGAGCUUGUAUCCACCCAAGGUGCUAUCAAAUACAGGAUUUCUUCCAAAAAACCUAGCCUCUUCAUCCCUUUCUGAGCUGUGAAUGAGGUGACAGGGAAGAGGAAGGAAGCUGAGGCUGCAAGGAGCAGCUGGCGCGUAUUAGGAAAAGCCUGAUCUGUGACGCAUAGCUGCUGGCGGAUGGAGUUGUCUCAAAUCUACCUCAGAGGCCAUCUGCUGCUGCAGACCACUUUCCCUCUUGCUCCUGCCUGCUGCCGCCUGUACAAGCUGGCAGGAGAUUUGUGGGAACCCCAGGUCCCACUAGCUUGGUCCCUCACUGCCUCUUUGCUGGGGAGCAGCAUCUCCUGCUCGGGGCUUUGUGGAUCAGUGCCAGCUCGCUGAGCUGCUUCGGGGUGCCGUGCACCAGUCUGGAUUUUGUAGGUGUGUGGUAGACCGGUACCUCUCGCCCAUAGCUCUCCUCCAGGGCAGUUUCUCUAGCUGGGCUUUGCUGUUGGUGCCUCUUGUGCAGCAAAGCCAGCUGUAGCUUUAGUUCUGCUUUGCUGCGGCAGGAGCAGGCGAGUGGUGGGCUCCUUGGCUGGGUGAGAAGAGGGGGCAAAGGAAUGCAAGGAGCUGGGGUGCUCUUUGACACGCACGCCAGGAUUGAGGUCCACCUUCCUUGUGGGUGAGGGAAGCACGUGGUGCUUAGAGUGUCCCCUGCUCAGCCCUUCAGGCUGCUGAGCUCUGGCUCCAAGGGCAGCUCUAGGUUGAGGCUGGCACAGUUGUCCUUCACAUCAUUUGUAUUUUUGAGGAAUGAGUGACAACUGAUUUUCUGCCUCUCUUGGAGUUGGGUUGCUUUCUUCCCCUCCUUUGUAGAUGUCUUUUGUCCUUUCCUCCCCCUCUCCUUGUUUAGCCUCAGGUGAUGCUGGGCAUGAGGGAGAGAAUGUGCGGGGCCAUGAAAAGUUGUUUCUCCUCUUGUUCCUCCAUCCCCACAGCCUCCGAGUCCCAAACAAGAAAUGUCAGCAGGACUCUGGUAGAGGAAUUCCCCCUUUUCCAGAGGAACUGAGGAAGGAGACUUUGGAGCAGAGCCUCUGGUUGUAUCUUGCACUUGCUCCUUGUAGCCCUUGCUGGGUGGACAGAACACAUUUUGGCUUGGAGGCAGCAACAGUACCCACAGUGCAACACGAUGAGAGGGGAUAAAGAGCUUUAUGUUGGGGAGGACAUGGAAAAGGUCUAGUGUGAGAGGUUUCUCCUUUCCACUGCCUCUUCCCAUCCCCAGCCAUCCGCUACCACAUGCCCUCCGCUAGUGACCACUGACUGGCGUCUGUGCCGAGCUGGUGCCUUGGCAGCAGCUGAGGCAUUGACUGUUAACAGGUGACAUGUUCAGUCUCAAAAAAACAGCUGCUGGAUGAUUUCUCCUCCUGCCUGCUUUGGUCCAGGCAGCUUUUCCACUCGCACAAUCCUGCGUCUUCAUAAAGUAGCUCAUGAUCUUUGUACCCCAAGUGCCUUAUGUUGCUGUGUAGUCUCUUGUACGCUUCAUCUGUGCGUGAUAUCGGUAGCUGGAUGCCCUCCCUCUUUACAGUGUAUGUACAACGUAGGCUACGUUUAUGUGGGUUUUGUUUUCUUUUUGAUAGAUACCAGUAAAAGGGACAGUUUGUUCUGGAAGCAUUUCUAUGUGUUCAGUUUUUUUAGAUCUAUAGUUGAUGGGGGGCUUUUUUGCCCUCCCUGUCUUUACUCCUCAGAAAUCCCCAGCCCUCUGCUGCUGUUCCCGAGCGUGGCAGGAUCCCUGAGGUCUCUUUUUUUGAGCUGAGCCUUUGCUGUAAGGCAAUACACGCUGUCAUCCCAGAGGACUGCCAUCUCCCCUCUGCUGGAGGGGCUACUCUGGGCUGCUUCUGUCUCUAUCUUCUGUGCGAGCACCCUCCUUCAGCUGCAAGCCUGCAGUAACCGCUUCUAUGUCCAUGUCAUUUCUCAGCAGACCGAGCCUUCUCUUCAACCCAAAGAGUUUUUUCUUUCCAAAAUGGAGUAUUUUCAUUGUAAGCCCAUAGUGGUCAGUCUUUCCUUGACUGCUCUGCAUACAAAGAUGCCACGAGCUCACUUUUGUUGAGUGGAUGCUCUUCUCGUGCCCCAUCUUGUCAAGCCCUGUGUCUUCUGCAAUAAAGAUCCAACCCCAAGCAGAAGCUCUUGUCCACCACAGUGCAGCAAGCGUUAAGAGACUGUGUAAAACUGCAAGUCUUCACUUCCAGCGUGAGGCUAUCGCUGCCCCCUUCCUGUGGGCUUCAGGCUGCUUUUGUAGUCUGUGCCCAUUAUCCUGCCUAUGAAGGUCGGGGGUUGAGUGCUCUGUGAUUUUGGGGGUGAAGCAUAGUGUUUUUCUGCCCUAGCCUAGAAGAGCUGUGACAUCCCAGCAGUGGUUCUCUCAUUUUUGUCUCAGAUAGUUGGGGAAUGGGCUUGGGAAGAGAAGGGGGCGGAGGAAGAACAGAUGUAGCAUUUCACAUACAAUGUUUGAGUGACUCAUAUUAUGGGGCAUUACAGUUGCAUUAUUUUUUGUUGUUUAGGAUUCUUUCUUCUUACUCAUCGUGUUUGGGUUAGUAGUGGAGAAGACAAGUUCCAGUUCCCCAUAGGUCCCCUUACUCUUAACUUGCCAUUUUAACAUGUAUUUUGGGUAGGCUUCCCGGUUGGAGGGAAGAAGGACUACUCCAGGGUGCCUCCCUUGCCUCCAAGUGCCGUGAAGCCUGUAGGUACCCUGUAGGUACCCUGCCGGUACUCUGCCCUCGCUGCCGCGCGGGGGCAUUCACAGCAGCCUCUGUCGUGUGCCUUAGAGGAGGCGUUGGUAGAUGGAGCCUUGCUUGCAUGGUGGUGGUUCUGGGGUUUGAUCUCCAGCCUUCUGGUGAACUUCCCAAGUGUGUAACAGAUGGUUUGGAAGGAUUUAUACUCAAACUGUGAGUUCGUUACCUCACUGCGGGGCUGCGGGGGGUUUGCUGGCAGCGGGGCAGAGUGGCUGGUGUAAAAGUCAGGCAGAGGCACGUAGUCUUUCUUCCAAUAUGUUGAACUCGAAGGACCAAACUUCAGCAAAGGAACUCAAGGAAAAUGUUUGUUCUUCCAUAUUUAUGCCUUAGUGCAAAAUUCCUAAAUUUGGACAGGGUGGGGAGGGAGUAACCAUCUCUGAUAUUUUAUCCCAUUUGUUUCAUACUUCCUGUCACAUAAAUUUUUGUACGGAUUUUGUUUGUUGUUGUUUGUUGUUAAAUGACUUUUGUGAUAAACUCAACAAAAGUAUUUUUCUGAAAUAAAUAAAUAAAAGGCAUAGAUU